GUCGUCAAUAAAUGAAAUCGAUUUAAAAUCUUAUUUUUGUGUAAAUUUCUAUUAUUGUUAUUACUUUGUAUUUUAGACGCGAUUUACAAGCAAUCGAUAAAUUAAUUAUUGAAUGAUUAUAUAAUUUAAUGAUUGUAUGACUGUUAGUGCCUGAGAGUCGGGUCCCAAAUCUUUAGACCCGUUUGUGUGUCUCUAUGACUCUUACAUGUGUGGAGACGACCUCUUUUGCUAACAGUGUUAAGUCAAUGGAGUCGAAAUCACCGGUCAAUUCCCUUCAUUCACUAGCACUGGCAGCCCUCGACUCCUCCGCACAUAAACACCAAACCAUUAGUAAUGAUGAGACAGAUCCUAAAGCAACGGUAACUACUUCUCUAAUUAGUGCCACUUCUUCACGUCUAAGUGUUAAUAACGACACAUCUGUGUCGAGUACAGAACCAAUCAGUUAUCAGCCGACCGGAGAAACUCCGGUUAGAAUUAAUAUACAAAGAGCGCCACAAUCUAUAAGUUCGUCCACUAGUUCUAUGGUAUCAGUGAUGCCCUCUCAGACAACUAACCGACGCCGAGCUUCGUCUAACACGGGCUUAGGUCGUCGUAAAUCAUGGGACCAGCGGUUUGCGGGACCAAUACGUCGGGCAUCACAAGUGUUGAUAAGUUUGACAAAUGCAGGCAUCGAUGGCUCUUCACUUUAUGGCGAAUGCAGUCGUCGUGAUUCUCGGAUUAUUCCCGAAAUAAUGUUAAUGCACUCAUCUUUCCAGAGAUUACCGAUGAAGGACUUCGGGGCUGAAGUGAGAGCAUCGAUGGACGUGGAUCAGUUCCUACAACAGGCUGUCCUAUUACUCGACGUCACCGAGACUUCACUCGACGGCAUUGUCGACAAAAUGCUCCGAAAGGUUAUUGAUGGACGCGAACCAUUGGCCACACUUAAAGAGGCAAAGACAGCAAUAUUUACACACGACUCAGUUCAAUUGCUUGCGCGUACAAUACAAGGCACGUAUAUCAGUGAUGGCGGAGGAUUUGAUUACGACCAGUCAUGGCUAUGCGCAAUGUGUAGUUUGCCAUCACUGGCUAAACGACACGUGGCAAUAGCGCGACUCAAACACGCGGCAAAUAUGGGGCGAAACUCACAUGAAGUCCGAUUCUUUAUACUAGUGGUCACCCCUAGCAAAGAGAAGGGAACAAAGAAUGCAUUAGAAACUGGUCGUACAUUUGCCACCAUAUUUGCAGACAUGGAUUUCCGUCAGAGACUACUUGACGUUCACGGAGAGGUCGAGUUUAAGGGUAUACUUCUAAAACACGCGCAGGACUUGGCUUCUGAACAAAGUAAUCCAACCCGACGUCUAGGAAAUCAUGAACCGGACCCUGAAUUUGAGGAGCCAAGAUGUCGAUUUGCUCAGGGAUUGUGUGAGGAUCUCAAGAGACGAGUCUCACAUUAUAUAAGCGAUUAUAUUGACGGUUUUGUGGGCCGUAAGACAAUCCACAAGACUAUAUCAACCAUUUUCUUUCUAUACUUUGCCUGCAUUUUACCCACAAUUGCUUUUGGAGUCCUUAAUGACAACAACACGUCGGGAAAAAUCGGUGAUAUACGAAAGGCCAUAAUUGGUCAAACAAUAGGAGGACUUUCAUUUUCAUUUUUAGGCGGUCAGCCGUUAGUCAUAAUUAUGACCACUGCUCCCAUUUGCUUAUACAUCAAAGUGAUAUAUAACAUAUGCGAUGACUUUCAGCUGGACUUCUACGCGAUGUAUGCGUGCGUCGGGUUGUGGAACACAUUCUUCCUUGUCUUGUAUGCCGUGUUUGAUGUCUCCCGACUGAUGAAGUGGUGCACCCGAUCUACGGAAGAAAUAUUCUCACUAUUUAUUUCAAUAGCCUUUGUUGUGGAUGCAGGUCGUGAUGCCGUUAAAAAUUUCCAAACACAUUAUUAUUCCCCGAUUUGCACUGAUAUGCAAUACAACGCCAGUGUUGCGGUCGAGUCAUAUAUAGUGACCCAAAAUAAUAUUUCAUUGUUUACUAAUGUCACCAACAGUACUGACAAUAUGACAAUGUUUGACGACAUAGUCAUAGCUCAGGAGCCUAUCUGCCGGAGGGAAAGUAGUCUACUCUUCCUAUUGCUCAUGUUAGGCACCGUUUGGAUGGCCGUCUCUCUCUUCAAUUUUAACAAAACUCCAUACUUACAGGCGAGCAAACGGGAACUGUUAGCUGAUUAUGCGCUUCCCUGUGCUGUCCUAUUGCUCAGCUUCAUUGGAUCGUUUGUUUUUAAGGAUAUUCCAGUGGAGCACUUUCGCUAUAGCAAUACAUUUGAGUUCAGUCGGGCCCGUCUUGAGUACCUGCCGUGGACCGCAUAUUUCGGGUGUAUGGGACUGGGAUUCUCUCUGUCGCUCCUGUUUUUUAUGGACCAAAAUAUUUCAGCCGCUAUGGUUAACAAUCCAUGCAAUAAAUUAAAGAAAGGAUGUGCCUAUCAUUUGGACCUAUUUGUUGUCGGCAUUUUGAAUGGUUUCCUAUCAAUGUAUGGCCUUCCCUGGAUGCACGGUGUACUGCCUCACUCACCACUACAUGUACGAAGUUUGGCUGAUGUAGAGGAAAGGGUCGAUCAGGGACAUGUCUAUGAAAUUAUCGUUAAAGUGAGGGAAACUCGGUUGACAGGAAUAGUGUCUCACAUAUUGAUAGGACUGUCGGUGUUUUUGCUUCCCUAUCCAUUGGCAUACAUUCCUACUGCAGUAUUAAACGGCUUAUUCUUAUAUAUGGCAAUAACAUCAUUAAAUAGUAAUCAGAUGUUUGAGAGGAUCACCCUAUUGUUUAUGGAACAAGCCGCAUACCCGCCUAAUCAUUACAUACGUCGAUGUCCUCAACGUAAGAUCCAUAUGUUCACACUGUGCCAAAUGGUACAGUUGGGUAUAAUGUGCUUCUUUGGGUUCAGUCCCUGGCCAUACGUCAAAAUGGUCUUCCCAGUCAUUAUUCUAUUACUACUGCCAUUUAGACAUAAGAUCGUUCCGGUUGUCAUCGAUAAUAAAUAUCUCGAAGCACUUGACGGCGAAAAUCAAUAAUAACGGCUUAUUUCAUAACCAAAUUAAUACAGUUGUAUAAU